UCUGGUCCGGACCAGCCGCUAAACUGAUGAAAAACAUUUGAACCAAUCAGAGCCGUGCUCGUCACAGCGUCCCGGGCGCGCGCACAGACAGGUGUUACUGUGGGUGGCGAGGUUCGGAAGGAGAACUCGGUUCUGGUUCCGGUUCUUAGGUCAGUGUAAUUGAAUCAGCAGCAGAGUUUGGUCCGGCCCGGUUCGGUUCGAGCAGAACAUCCAGAGCUGCUACUUCAGAACCAGCCGGAACCAGUUAAAGAACUCUGGUCCACUAAGUUGUACUAGGAGCAGAAAGUUACUGGUUCGGACCAUGUCCCUGAACUGGACCUGACGGUUCUUCUGGUCCGGCCCAAUUAAUUUGUUAAUUUCCACUUUAAUUAGUUCCUGAUCAGAACUGGAACCAGAACCAGCGAGGAUGUUCAGCAGCGUGUCGGGUCGAAUCCAACACGAACGGGACCGGGCCGAGGGUCUGGGCUCGGCCCGGCAGGCGGUCCGGUACCAGAACCAGGACUUCUGGGCCCUGAGGGAGGAGUGCCUGCAGAACGGAACCGUCUUCCUGGACCCUCUCUUCCCGGCAGAACCCGGCUCGCUGGGCUUCAAAGAGCUGGGCCCACUCAGCACCAAGACCCGGGGCGUGGAGUGGCGCCGGCCUACGGAGCUGUCGGCGGAGCCGCGGUUCAUUGUGGGCGGAGCCACCAGGACCGACAUCUGCCAGGGGGCGCUGGGCGACUGCUGGCUGCUGGCUGCUAUCGGAUCUCUAACUCUCAACCAGCAGCUGCUUCAUCGGGUGGUUCCUCAUGGCCAGGACUUCAGCCACCUGUACGCCGGCAUCUUCCACUUCCAGUUCUGGCAGUUUGGCAAGUGGGUGGACGUGGUGAUUGACGACCGGCUGCCGGUUAAAGACGGAGAGCUGCUGUUCGUCCAUUCAGCUGAGGGAAGCGAGUUCUGGAGCGCCCUGCUGGAGAAGGCCUACGCCAAGCUGAAUGGCUCGUAUGAGGCCUUGUCCGGCGGCAGCACCACCGAAGGUUUUGAGGACUUUACUGGAGGCGUGGCGGAGAUGUAUGAGCUGAAAAAAGCUCCCAGAGAUCUCUACCGGAUCAUCGGCAAAGCUCUGGAGAGAGGAUCGCUGCUGGGAUGCUCCAUAGACAUCACCAGCGCCUUCGACAUGGAGGCUGUUACCUUCAAGAAGCUGGUGAAAGGCCACGCCUACUCAGUGACUGGUGUCAGACAGCUGGAGUACCGAGGACGGCAGGAGCGUCUGAUCCGGAUCAGGAACCCCUGGGGUCAGGUGGAGUGGACCGGCGCCUGGAGCGACAGCUCCUCAGAGUGGAACGCCAUUGAUUCUGCAGAAAAGGAUGAGAUGUUGUGUAAGAUGGAGGAUGGAGAGUUCUGGAUGUCCUUCCAGGAGUUUCUGCAUCAAUUCUCACGUCUGGAGAUUUGCAACCUGACUCCAGAUGCACUGAGUCAAGACGCCACCAGCUUCUGGACCACCGUGACGUACGAGGGCAGCUGGAGGAAAGGAAGCACAGCUGGAGGCUGCAGGAACCACCCCAACACCUUCUGGAUCAACCCUCAGUACAAGAUCACUCUUCUAGAGGAGGACGAUGACCCUGAGGAUGACCAGGCCGCCUGCAGUUUCCUGGUGGCUCUGAUGCAGAAGGACCGCCGCCAGUUCCGCCGCCACGGCGAGGACAUGCACACCAUCGGCUUCGCCAUCUAUGAGAUUCCAAAGGAGUUCCGAGGUUCUGCAAGUGUCCACAUGAAGAAGGACUUCUUCCUGCGCCGCUCCUCCUGCGCUCGCUCUGAAAGCUUCAUCAACCUGCGGGAGGUGAGCUCCCGGUUCCGCCUCCCGCCCGGAGAGUACCUGAUCGUCCCGUCUACGUUUGAGCCCUCAAAGGAGGCAGACUUUGUCCUCAGGGUUUUCACUGAGAAACAGUCCGAGACCGAGGACAUGGACGACGUGUUGGUGGCCAACCUGGAUGAGGAGGAGGAACUCUCUGAGAAUGACAUUGACGACUCCUUCAGGUCCUUGUUUGCUCAGCUGUCCGGAGACGACAUGGAGAUCUCAGUGCGGGAGCUCAGAACCGUCCUCAACAGGGUCGUCUCCAAACACAGAGACCUGCAGACAGAUGGAUUCAGCAUGGAGUCCUGCCGGGCCAUGGUCAGCCUUAUGGACAAAGACGGCAGCGCUCGGCUCGGUCUGCUGGAGUUUCAGAUCCUUUGGAACAAGAUUAGGAAGUGGCUGGGGAUCUUCAGAGAAUUUGAUCUGGAUAAGUCCGGCUGCAUGAACUCUUACGAGAUGCGUCUAGCGAUGGAAAACGGCGGGUUCAAACUGAACAACAAGCUGUAUCAGAUGUUGAUCGCUCGAUACGCCGACAAUGAAAUCAUCGACUUCGACAACUUCACCUGCUGCCUGGUCAAACUGGAGACCAUGUUCAGAAUCUUCCAGGGCCUGGACAGAGACGGGACUGGAACUGUGGAGAUGAACCUCAUGGAGUGGCUCUUCGUGACCAUGUGUGGCUGAAACCCAGAGCGCCCUCAAGAGGACAGAUGAGAGCAAAACACCCAGACUGAGAAGAUGCUGCUGCUCCACUGAGCUACAAAACGUCCACAUUACUACAGAGUUACUACCAUAAUCAUAAUAAUAACAGAAUAAUUACAGGGUAUGACAGCAAGGCUACAGUGUUGAGCCUCAGUCUGAUUUUAAGUGUAUUUAUUAUAUUAAUUCGUAUUUACCUGCUAAUUAUCAUAACCUUCACUAACAUGCAUGAAUCCACCAAGCUCAGCUUAACCUGAGAGGACUCACCUGGUCAGGUGAGACAGCUCGUCCGUCAGCAUUCUCUCAUUGGAUUCUCGGAAGUGGUUCUGGUUCUGGUGUUCAGCUGCAGUCAGAAGUCAUUCACUAUGAUCAGCUGCUUUCAUUUCAGAAGUUAUUUAACAAAACGUCAUAAAUGGUUCAUCUAAGAAAGUUUCACCUCAAAUUGAGAACACACAUUCAUUCAUUCAUUCAUUCAUACUGACCUGCAGCUGGGCUCCACCGGGUCGUCUAACCCAGAACCAACAGUCCUGCUGUUCCUGAGCGCUUCCUCCCUCCUGCUGUACCAGUUUGACCUGAUAGAGGGCGCUGUAGCUCCUCGGUAUUUAUGCCUGUGAGAACCUGCUCAGGGUUUAUUGAACCCACAGCUUUAAUAAAGUGAAGCAUCAGCUGACUGCGUGUGACUAUCUAUAUACUUUAACUUCCUGGAUCAGAACCUAAAGCCCGGUUCCCUCCACGUUCAUCAAACGCUUUUUAUCCUGAAAUAUUCCAGAUCCAGACAAUAAACCGGGUCAGAACCAGAAGAUCACUACAGGUCCAAACCCAGAACACGGGUUCUGGUGAAAAUCAUUAGGAACUGGUCGGCUCGGGUACUAACCAGCCACCCGAGUUACAGAACCCGCACAGAUCAGACCCGUUAACGGUCGGUUAGGGUUGGGGGGUCAUACGGCGUUCAGCAGUAGCAGGAAACGGGUGCAAACAUCAAAUCAAAGAGACAAUAAGAAAAUCACCUUCAAUCCAACACCUCUCACUCUCACCUCUGUCACUGAGGGCGCUGGGAGAACAAUUUGCAAGACAGACGGAGAACUGGACCACAAACUGCAGCCCCAUCUGUUGAGAUAGGAUCUGUCCCGACAGAGUGAGGGGCCCCAGGGAGCCAAGACCUCAGGGCCCGGAUGCUGGAAGAGACCCGAUUCAAAGCUGCAGGUGUUGGAUCUUGGGAAAAUUUCCUCUUGCAUGUGCAGCUGCUCUGCUGCAGACUCUUCCUGGAUCCGUGGCCCGUUGAUCCGUCUGGACGCCAGAGCCGCUUCUCUCCUCCUGCAGCCGACGAUUUAAGCUCCCUAAGGACAGUCUGCCUUUUCCAUGGUCUGUCUACUUGAAUAGAUGAUCUCAGAUCCACCUUUGCUUUGGAGACAUGAUGUCACGUCUGUGUUCUUGUCCCGGCCAGGUCAAGGGUCACAGUCCUUUAGCCUGCAAACUUCCCUUCAGUUUCCUGGAGUUUCAGUUCCUCUUUGGGUCGUUCAUCUCUCCUGAUCAGCACCGUCUCGCCCCUUGGACGUGUCAGCAGCCAGUGUUCAACUCUGAUCACCUUUACUGAGGUUAAAGGUCAUUUCUGAUUCUCCUUUCCCUGACCUUUCACCUGGCAGCUCCAUCCAACACACAUCAGUGAUCUUUGAUUGCAGUUACAGUAAUAGGAUGAAAGCAAAGCUUGCAUGACACAAAACAUAAAAACACAACAAUAUUGACGUUACUGAAGUUUGAUUCUACUGUUGGGUCUAGAUGUUACUUUAUAUGAUUUAUUUUACAGGUCAUUUCAUACAUUAUUACUGCCAAACUGAAACGUCCAGCAUGGGGAAAUGGGAUGAUCUCCACUUAUCCUGACAGUUCGCACAUAAAACACUUUGUUUUCAUUUAAAUCAGAGAACAUUUUUGAUCCUCAGUUUGGAAUAUUAACUCCUAAUUUUGGAUUACAUAAAAUGUCAUUAGCCUGUUUAUACAUACAAGCUUUAAAAUAAAAUAAUUCAAUUUGUUCAAAGCUGCCUCAACUUACUUCUGUAAACAUACUGAAAAUCUGCCUCUUCAUCUGUCUAGUCCAAGUAUUUCUGCUGGAUAAAUCCAACUGAAGAUGUUUGUUAAUCUCUGAUCUGCCGGAUUAUUGAACCAGGAAAAGGUGUAUUAAUGAACACAUUAAUGCCUGAAUAUUAAAGAACCCGGGUACUAACGGGUUCGAUCCAAGCUGCUCCAGGUAUCAAUGAACCUGGUCCCAGUCUGUCUUGGAACAGAGCAGGAACCGUUGGUAAAAGUUCUGGAUGAUCCACAUCGUAACAGGAAUGGGUCCAGAACUUCAGUCUUGGCAUCCCUGGAUCUCAGUGCUGGGUUUGACCCGGCUCAUCAGAA